UCUUUUUCACUUGACAUAGCCAAGCUGUCAUUCCUGUUGAUUUCCUAGAGAUGUCAUUUGUCCAAAAGCGCUGAGGGUUUUGAUUCCCACCAUGGCUAUCACACAGUUUCGGUUAUUUAAAGUUUGUACCUGCCUAGCAACAGUAUUCUCAUUCCUAAAGAGAUUAAUAUGCAGACCUGGCAGAGGAUGGAAAUUAAGUGGAGACCAAAUAACCUUGCCAACUACAGUUGAUUAUUCAUCAGUUCCUAAGCGGACAGAUGUUGAAGAGUGGGCUUCCCGGGAUGAAGAGGCACCCACAAGUGUAAAGAUUGAAGGAGGGAAUGGGAAUGUGGCAACACAGCACAAUGCUUUAGAACAACUGGAACCUGACUAUUUUAAGGACAUGACACCAACUAUAAGGAAAACCCAGAAAAUCAUUAUUAAGAAGAGAGAACCAUUCAAUUCUGGCAUCCCAGACGGUAGCACAGGUUUCUCUAGUAGACUAGCAGCUACACAAGAUAUGCCUUUUAUUCAUCAAUCUCCUGAAUGAGGUGACUUGGAUACCUGUCAGGAAAAUACCAAUGCAUGGGAAGAAGAAGAAGAUGCGGCCUGGCAAGCCGAAGAAGUUCUGAGGCAGCAGAAGAUAGCAGACAGAGAAAAGAGAGCAGCGGAACAACAAAGGAAGAAAAUGGGAAAGGAAGCACAGCGGCUAAUGAAGAAGCAACAAAACAAAAUUGGUGUGAAACUUCCAUAACAAAAUGUCCUUCAGAUGCACAGUGCCAGUGGGAGAAAUGUGAGGUCCACAACCCAAGCAACAUUUGU